CGUCAUCAGCGUCGGUCCGCUGGCGAGUGUUGGUCAGCGCUGCAAAAAAACAGCUCUUGUGAGAGUUUUAAAGUGAAUCCACUUUUGGUGUGUUGGUCCAGUCGUCACUAUGGGUGAAAGAAAAGGAACAAAUAAAUACUACCCUCCAGAUUUUGACCCGGCCAAGCAUGGAUCCCUCAAUGGCUACCACAAAACUCAUGCUUUGCGGGAGAGGGCCAGGAAGCUGUCCCAGGGCAUUCUCAUUAUCAGGUUUGAAAUGCCCUACAACAUCUGGUGUGAUGGCUGUCAGAAUCAUAUUGGCAUGGGGGUUCGUUACAAUGCUGAGAAAAAGAAAGUGGGGAACUACUACACCACGCCAAUCUAUAGGUUUAGGAUGAAGUGCCACCUGUGUGUCAACUACAUUGAGAUGCAGACAGAUCCAGCCACUUGUGACUAUGUUAUAGUUAGUGGCGCAAGCAGGAAAGAGGAACGCUGGGAUAUGGCUGAAAAUGAACAGAUCCUCACCACAGAAAGGGCAGAGAAGGAGAAGCUUGAAACGGAUGCCAUGUUCAAACUUGACCAUGGGGGAAAAGACAAGGAAAAGCUUAAAAAGGCUUUGCCCACUCUGUCAGAGAUUCAGGACCACCAGUCGGGUUGGAAGGAUGACUUUCAGCUCAAUUACGCCCUCCGCAGGAAGUUCAGAAUGGAGAAGAAAGUUAUGGCUGAGGAGGAGGAGAAAGACGAUGCUGUAAGGAUGAGGACCAAUCUAUCUAUACCACUGCUUCCAGAGAAGGAAGAGGACAGGAAACUGGCUGCACUACUCACCUACCAGGCACCUGACUCCUAUGACGAUAAACAGCACAGCAAGAGGAAAGAGAUUGCCUCCCGUUCGUGGUUUACGUCCACCUCAGGACCAGCAGGAAGGGCUUCAGGCAGCCUUCUGCAGAAGCUCGGCCUACAGGGCAAAGAAGCAGCUGUGGCCAAGGCCCUGGGUUCCUCUCGUAGCCCUUUAAUCUGCAAACGCACAUCUGGAUCUGGAAUUAAAACGGAACAAUGUGCCACCAUCACUCGCAGAAAGUCGCACCCUGAGGUCAGCGAAUGUGAACAAGAGAGACUGAGAGUGAUGAGGACAGAGCACACUUCCUGUGUGGUGUCGUCACAGGGAGGAAAGAAAGUAGCAGAGAGAAAUGGCAGUGAUUUGAAUGAACUGAACGUUGUAACCAAAGGGGAAAUCCACAAAAGAGGCAUGAAUUCUGUGGACGUUGGGAAGGAAGAGGAACAGGACAAAUGUUCUGGAGGAGUCAUAUCUUUGGUAGCAGACUACAGUGAUUCAGAUUCAGAUCCUGGACAGUGAAACUGAAUAAUCUGCUAAAUUGGGCAGUAUCUUUUUCCAAAGAAAGUUCAUAAAGGAAUAUAGUGAUGGGACUAAAAAAAAAACUACAAUGACAGACAUCAGCUGCAGUGCUUUAAUUUCUAUUUAUCAAAAAAAAAAAAGUUGCAGUGGAAGAAUAACCUCUCUAAAGUAAAUUUUAAGCCGAGUCAUCUGUCUGCAGACUAUGUUUCAGGAUGUUUGAAGUUUUACCUGUUUGACAUAAUACAAUUUUGAAUCGUUAGAUUUUUAUGUUUUGCGUGGCUACAUGGCAACAGCUAAUAAGGUGGUUUUGGAAAAUUAAAUGUAAAAUGCUGUAUGAAGCACUGAGCAGGCUGUGUUUACUGUGCUUUACUGGCCACGACUACCCACAGAAGAUCUCAUGCAUGUUUUAGUAGAUGCAUAGAUGUCUCCGGUACAGGCGUUUGUGGCUACCGUUCCCUAAAAUAACCCAAAGAAUUCAAUUGAAUAUUUAACUCAAUAAAACAAAUGGUUUGUACAAAAAUAACGUUUGAGUCACCGUUUUCUGAUAGAAACACUGAAGACUUUUGUGAUAAUUGAGGUGAAAUAGUUUGAAACAUGACUAUGAAGCAAUGAUUUAUGACCUUUUGUUCCACAACUAAUCUGUCCAGGCUCCUUUUGAAUAUCAUCUGAAAAUAAACACACUUCGUUUUCAUUG